AUGGAAGAAGAAUUCUACGACAAGAUUAUUAUAAAAAAUCUUCUCGUACGAAAUGUUACAGGAGUUGACUCUUGGGAGCGUGUGAAACGUCAACCCGUUUUAAUAAAUUUAAUUCUCCAUAAAAACAUUUCUGAAGCUGGGGAAAAGGAUAAACUUUCAUACUCCAUUAAUUACGGAAUAGUUUCCAAAGCAGUCUCCAAAUUUGCCGAGGACUCUAUCAGUGAUUCCAUCGAAGCUUUAGCAGAAGGAAUAGCUAAAAUUUGUGUGAACGAAUGUCAUGUACCUCGAGUUGCCGUUCGUGUAGAAAAGCCUCGCGCUUUGCUGCACGCUGCUUCUGCAGGUGUCGAAAUAAUACGCACUAGAGAAGACUAUAGUCAAAAUGAUUCAAAUUCAAAUACACUUCCUAUUUAUAAUAAUAACCGUCAAGAUGUAAUAUUUGUUAAAGAUUUGAGAUUAAGUGCGAUUAUCGGUGUCAAUCCAUGGGAGCGUGAAGAAAAGCAAACAGUGAUAUUGAAUAUAACAAUAUAUUCCGAUUUUAAUAUUAGUUCGUCACAAGAAGGUAACGUCCCCAAGCCGCAUAAUUAUCGUACUAUUGUAAGAACUAUUUCUAAGUAUGUCGAAGAAUCAACUUAUCAAACUGUAGAAGCAUUCGCUACAACAGCCGCAAAAAUAGCAAUAACACAAUGUCAAGUUAACAAGGUUACAAUUCGAGUGGAGAAACCAAGUGCUCUGGUCUUUGCCGAAUCUGCUGGAAUCGAGAUUACUAGAAGUCAGUCAUAUCUUGCAGAUGAGAUCAGGCAUAUUUCACAACCUCAUUUAAAUCCUUUAAACGGAAAAGGUUUUGGAAAUACGCGUUCAACAAUUCCUGAACGAGCUGAAGCAAUAAAGACAGCACUCCCAAAAGGAUAUAAUCAUUUUGCUUUUAUUGGGCUGGGAUCUAAUAUGGGCGAUUGUAUUAAAAACAUCAAUGAAGCUUUACAACAGUUAGAAACUAUAUGUAAAUGUAAAGUAUUGGAUACAUCAUUUUUAUAUGAAACUUCGCCGAUGUAUGUAACAGAUCAACCUAAUUUCUUGAAUGCCGCAUGUAAGAUUGCCACAAAUUUGAAGCCUGACGAGUUGAUUAAAGAACUCUGGACUGUUGAAUUAAAUCUGGGACGAUCCCGAGAGAACACUGUCAGGAAUGGACCAAGAACAAUUGAUUUGGAUAUUCUGUUUUAUGAUGAUAUUGACUGCUCAACAAAUACUUUGGUAAUACCACAUCCAUCGAUGUGUGAGCGAGAAUUUGUGCUAAGACCUUUGUGUGACAUCGCAAAAAGGUUUGAGCAUCCAAAGCUUUAUAAAACAUGUGAACAAUUGCUUUCUCAACAUCUAAAGUCGCUUAAUUAUGAUAAAAACAACAUUGUUCGUAAAGUCUUGCCGAUUCAAAAUUCGAAAUGGAUUUGGACUUCAAAGACAUAUAUAAUGGGUGUUAUCAAUGUGACACCUGAUAGUUUUAGUGACGGAGGACAAUUCUAUUCGGUAGAGAGUGCAGUUUCUCAUGCGGAAAAAUUAAUAGCUGAGGGUGCCGACAUUCUUGACAUUGGUGGAAUGUCUACGAAACCAAAUGCCGAUGAAAUUCCCGUUGAAGAGGAACUUGCGCGUGUUAUUCCUGUCAUACAAGCGAUUCGUUCAAAAGGAAUGACAGAUAUACCUAUCUCUAUUGACACUUAUCGAGCAGCAGUUGCAGAGAAAGCGAUAGCAGCAGGAGCCAAUUUAAUCAAUGAUGUUUCCGGUGGUCAUUUGGAUCCAGAUAUGUAUCGUAUCAUGGCAAAAACUAAUGUUCCAAUAUGUCUUCAACAUAUGCGAGGGAACUCUAAAACUAUGUUAAAGCUCACUCAAUAUGAAGAUAUCAUAACAGAUAUAUGUUCUGAACUUUUUGAGCGAGUUGAACGAGCCAUCGAAGCUGGUGUCAAACGAUGGAAUAUCAUUAUCGAUCCUGGUAUAGGUUUUGCGAAAGAUUACCAACAAAAUUUUCAAAUACUUAAGCGAUUACAUGAACUUACAGGAGAGAACAGCCCAUUUGAAGGAUUUCCUUGUCUUGUGGGACCAUCUCGUAAAGGAUUUAUUGGCGAGGCAACGAAGCAACCGGAUGCAAAGAAACGCGGAUGGGGUAGCGCUGCAGCAUGUUCAGCCUCAAUUGCAGGAGGAGCUGAUGUAUUAAGAGUCCACGACGUAAAGGAAAUGGUUGAUGUUGCCAAGGUUUCAGAUCGUAUUUGGAGGUAA